AUGACUAUGAUCAAUCAAACCAAUCGGGCGGGGGGCCGGCCGCGCCGGCCGGGGCUCUCCCUGGGCAGCGCGCUGAAUGCCAGCAACUCUGCCUCUGCUGUGAUGGAGCCAAAGUCAGUGUGUGUUUCAGUGGAUGAGGUGGUCUCCAAUGCUAUGGAUAGCCAAGAGGCACGGCUCCUGAAUGGGCACUUAAAAAAGGUGGACAACAUGCUGACUGAAGCCCAUCGUUUCUCUUACUUACCACGGAGACCAGCUGUGAACAUUGUGUUUAAGGAACUGUCAUACUCUAUCCAAGAAGGACCGUGGUGGAGGAAGAAGGGUUACAAGACCCUGCUGAAAGGAAUUUCAGGAAAAUUUAGCAGUGGAGAACUUGUUGCAAUUAUGGGUCCUUCUGGGGCUGGGAAAUCAACUCUCAUGAAUAUCUUGGCAGGAUACAGAGAGACCGGGAUGAAAGGCGAAAUUCUCAUUAACGGACAGCCACGUGACCUGCGCAGUUUUCGCAAAGUGUCCUGUUACAUCAUGCAAGAUGAUAUGCUGCUCCCUCAUCUCACUGUCCAGGAAGCCAUGAUGGUGUCUGCCCAUCUGAAACUUCAAGAGAAGGAUGAGGGCAGAAAGGAGAUGGUAAAGGAAAUCUUGACAGCUCUGGGUUUGCUCUCAUGUGCCAACACAAGAACUGGGAGUCUUUCUGGAGGCCAGAGGAAGCGUCUUGCCAUUGCUUUGGAGCUGGUGAAUAACCCCCCUGUUAUGUUCUUUGAUGAACCUACUAGCGGCUUAGACAGUGCAUCCUGUUUUCAGGUUGUCUCUCUGAUGAAGGCUUUAGCCCAGGGUGGCAGGUCCAUCAUCUGCACUAUCCAUCAGCCGAGUGCAAAACUGUUUGAGCUAUUUGAUCAGCUGUAUGUGUUGAGUCAAGGUCAAUGCAUUUAUCGUGGGAAAGUGUUAAAUCUAGUCCCUUACUUGAGAGAUUUGGGUUUAAAUUGUCCAACCUACCACAAUCCAGCAGAUUUUGUGAUGGAGGUUGCAUCUGGUGAAUAUGGUGACCAGAACAGUCGGCUUGUAAGAGCAGUGGGGGAGAGGAUGUGUGACACUGACUACAAGAGAGACGUUGGUGGUGAAAAUGAAUUAAACCCCUUCUUAUGGCACCGACCGUCUGAAGAGGAUUCUUCAUCCACAGAAGGCUGUCACAGCUUCUCAGCCAGCUGCCUCACCCAGUUCUGCAUCUUGUUUAAAAGAACUUUCCUCAGUAUCAUGAGGGAUUCGGUCCUGACACACUUACGGAUCACAUCACAUAUUGGAAUUGGAAUUCUCAUAGGCUUGCUCUAUUUAGGGAUUGGAAAUGAAGCCAAGAAAGUCCUGAGCAACUCUGGCUUCCUCUUUUUUUCCAUGUUAUUCCUUAUGUUUGCUGCUCUCAUGCCAACUGUCCUUACGUUUCCUUUGGAGAUGGGAGUAUUUCUUAGGGAGCAUCUGAACUACUGGUACAGUCUGAAGGCUUACUAUCUAGCUAAAACCAUGGCUGAUGUCCCUUUUCAGAUUAUGUUUCCUGUAGCUUACUGCAGCAUUGUAUACUGGAUGACUUCACAGCCCUCCGAUGCACUUCGAUUUGUCCUGUUCUCAGCCCUGGGGACAAUGACAUCAUUGGUGGCUCAGUCACUGGGUCUUCUAAUUGGUGCAGCCUCCACAUCACUUCAGGUGGCAACAUUUGUGGGUCCUGUCACAGCGAUCCCUGUUCUUCUUUUCUCAGGAUUCUUUGUCAGCUUUGAUACCAUCCCAGCCUACCUCCAAUGGAUGUCCUACAUCUCUUAUGUCAGGUAUGGUUUUGAGGGAGUCAUUCUCUCCAUCUAUGGUUUGGAUCGAGAAGAUCUUCACUGCGACAAAGAUGAUACUUGUCAUUUUCAAAAAUCAGAGGCCAUCUUGAAAGAACUGGAUGUAGAGAAUGCCAAACUUUACUUGGACUUCAUCGUACUUGGAAUUUUCUUCUUUUCUCUGCGCCUAAUUGCCUAUUUUGUUCUCAGAUACAAAAUCAGAGCAGAGAGGUAAAGGAAGAAAACAAAACAGAACAGUCCAGUAGGAAGAACAUUAGACUUGCAGUAGAGGGCACUUGUCAUUGUCUCAAUGUGGCAGGCCAGUGUUCAGUGCCCAGUUACAGACACUGUUAUGACCUAGCCCAUAAAGAACCAUACGAGGUUAGUGGAUAUAUAGUGUUAAGCUAAUCAGUCCAGCUGGGUUGGGUCAUGUUUUCAUUACACUUUCUAGCUUUAACUAGGAAGAAGAAAUAGAAGGGAAUUUUGCAAUGUAGACUAUCAACUCUGAGGCAGUGUAACGAUAACAAUAACUGGUUACAAGAACUUUCCUUUAUGUAAACCUUCUUUGUGAUAAGGUAAAUUUAGUUCUGAUAGCCGGAGUUGGUAAAAUGACAUCUUUACACAGCUGGGGAAUAUUGAUUAAUACUUAAACACAAAGUGGGGAAUGCAAAGAGAGGAGGAUUAUGUCCUGGCCUUGAAUUUAGAACUUCAUCUUUGCAAUUUUCUAUCUAUCACUUUUCUUUCCCACAAGAAUUACCCUGGUAAGCCAAAAUUCUGUAAAUGUAUUAGUUCACAAGAAAAGAUAUCUUUUUGAUAUGGAUGGAUAACAACAUUUUUUUUUUUUAAAGAUCAUAGUAAUAAGUCUCUUUAUUUUUAUUUGUGUCUAAAUUUAGAAUUCUGGUGCUUUAUUUGAUGAGCUGGUCUCAGAUUAAAAAAUUAUAAUAGGAUUGGAAAAUGAGAAAUUCCAACUCAGCACUGUAAACCUGUUAAUCAUAUUUGUGGGGGGAAAAUAGAGCAGAGUCAGUCAGGAAUGUUUAAAACUGUCCACAGAUGAUUAAACAAUCAGCCUGUGUUUUCAAUGUCUUUUAAACUCACUUUAUUUGUGAUAUGGAAAAUGCUAAUUCUGUUCAUUAUCAUAUGAACUACCUCCUGGAAUGCAAAACCAAGUCUCCAAGGCUAUUUUCCCCAACAACGAGUGAAAGUUAAAUCUAUCCCCAAUGCUUGUGAGAAUGCUCAAGGACAAUGGAAAAGUUGGCUUGAAAGUAAGAGCUAUCAUUUGUUCAGAGUUUGAAAGCUUAGCAGGUUAUAUUAGAACUCAUGUGACAGUUUGCAUGGAAUUGUUUAAAAUUUCUGCAUUCAUCAUAAAAUGAAUUUACAUAUGAAUAGGUGGAGGCAGUGUGAUGUGACAAGAAUAACACCGCCAACCAAUUCUGUUUUUGUCCAAAUCUACCUGGGGUUUAAUAGCUAAGUGGUCUAAAGAGUAGGGAUUUUUUUAUACAUGUUAUACAUUAAUUUUGCUCAACUUGUAAGGGUGAAAUCCUGAUCAUAGUAGAAAUCAAUAGGACUUUUGCCAUUGAUUGACUGAGAACAGGAUUUCCCCUGAAAGAACAGACUGUGCCAGAUCUGAUUUCUUUCACGCUUGUAGGCAGCUGCAUUAGCUCCACUGUCUCCCACAGCUGUGAUCCAAGUGAGGAACCAAGUCUGGGGGUGCUUUACACAAGUAGAUAACGCUUUACUGAGAUCAAAGGUGUUUCAGUGUCAGGAGGCCAUUCAGGUACUCAGUGACCAAAGCUAGUGUAAUAGUUGCUGAGAGGCAUUUUUUGUCUGUGAACCAGCAAGAGCCACAGUUCACAGACUAUUUUUGGAGGCUCGAAGAAAAUGUAUAUGUACUAAACCCAAAUUGCUUUGAGUUAUGCCUGAAUUUUGUAUUAAUUAAUUUAUUCUUUUUUUAAGACUGAAGUAGUCACCUUUUCUUUGGGAAACUACCUGUACAUUUCACAAAAGUCUGUGAAAACUUUGACCACCAGAAUGAGUUAUACUGAAUCCCUCAUCAGUCAUUUCUAUGCAAACAAAUCGCUCCUCCUUUAGAGAACCCCGUUGGAGUCAAUGGAGGUCUGAGAGGGCCCCACAACAUGUGUGUACAGUCACUUGUAGGAUUCGGGCCUGGAUAGCAAAACAUAUAUAGGAAAUUUUGUGAAUGUUGAGUACAGUCUGCAAAUUAUUUGCAUGAGAAAUUUACCCCCAGAGAGCAUAGUUCAAACCAUUCAGAAUUAGGAGCAAUUGUUAAAAUAUUGCAGGCAAUAUUCAUAAACAGGCAAAGGGCUAUAUUUGGGAAAAUAUCCAUAUGUUGCAAACUGUUCAACACUAGCCUGAGUGAAAGGGCGUGGCAUCUGUGGCAUUAAAUAGGUUUGUAUUCAGGGUAUAGAUGGUGCUUCCAUCAGCAGUUAUUUACCAAAUAUAUAAUUGAAGCUAAUUUAUGAUUUAUCAGUUGUAAACUAGCAUGAAAGGUAACAUUAUGAACUAUAUUCCUUUGACAUUUUAACAGUAUUAAUGUAUUCUAAUAAAAGUGCAUUCCAUUUGUCCUGGGCAGUCCAGUGUAGGAAUGUGAGAGCUCUGCAGUGCUACCUGCUUAUCUGUGCCUAUACAUACUUUUAGCCUCUUUAUUUGUCACAUCCUCAUGUAUUUAUUGUAACUUCAUACUUUGUUAAAAAAGAGUGUGUUCUCCAUUAGUGUUCUGAAGGAAAUACCUACUCCAAAACAAGUUUUUCAUUCCUUUUUUCAUUAGGUUUUUUUCAUUCCUUUCCCCCCAACUGUCUGUUGGGAAAUAGUUUGCUAAAAGCCAUUACUUUAAAGAAUGGUUUUCUUACUAUUGGAUCCCAGUAAAUAAAUUUGUUCUACUAGCUAAUGUUAUACUUAAGAUGCUCAUUUCCCCUUAAUUUUACAAAUGAAGUCUCUCUCGCUCUCUUUUGAGCAUUCAUUUUGGUUAGAUUAAGCUUGUCCCAACUAUAUUUUCAUAUAGUGUGUCAGUUUGCAAAGUCUCUAUAUAUGUAUAACUUCAUUUUUUCUUCGGUAUAUAAAUAACCUCCAGCAGUUUCAUACUCACAAACAACUUUGGUUUAACAAAUUGAGUAUGCAUAUAAAAGAUAAUGCAGUAGCCAAUAUUGUCAAACUCCCAAGCUUUCAUUAUAAAUAAUGAUGAGGCAAAUUGGAGUUUAAACAUGCAGGAUCCUCAACUUCUGUACAUUUAUUAUAAAUCAACUGAAAUCAAUGAAAAUGUGGCAAAUUGCAUCAGGUUAGGAUUUCACCCCAAAUAAAAAGAGAGGAUGUCAAUAUUUGUUUUGAAAUGUCUCUUGAAAAACUAAUACAUUAUUCAUGAAUGGCAGAUGGAAGAUUUUACUAUUAUUUUGUGUUUGUUUUAUCUAGGCCACAAUUACACACAUUUCUUAUGUGUCAUUUUAUUU